AUGCCGCGGGGCCCUGGCUCGCUGCUGCUGCUAGUCCUUGCCUCGCACUGCUGCCUGGGCUCGGCGCGUGGGCUCUUCCUCUUCGGCCAGCCCGACUUCUCCUACAAGCGCAGCAACUGCAAGCCCAUCCCGGCCAACCUGCAGCUCUGCCACGGUAUCGAGUACCAGAACAUGCGGCUGCCCAACCUGCUGGGCCACGAGACCAUGAAGGAGGUGCUGGAGCAGGCAGGCGCCUGGAUUCCGCUGGUCAUGAAGCAGUGCCACCCGGACACCAAGAAGUUCCUGUGCUCGCUCUUCGCCCCUGUCUGUCUCGACGAUCUAGACGAGACUAUCCAGCCGUGCCACUCGCUCUGCGUGCAGGUGAAGGAUCGCUGCGCCCCGGUCAUGUCCGCCUUCGGCUUCCCCUGGCCCGACAUGCUGGAAUGCGACCGUUUCCCGCAGGACAACGACCUCUGCAUCCCCCUCGCUAGCAGCGACCACCUCCUGCCGGCAACAGAGGAAGCCCCAAAGGUGUGUGAAGCCUGCAAAACUAAAAACGAUGACGACAACGACAUAAUGGAAACUCUUUGUAAAAAUGAUUUUGCACUGAAAAUCAAAGUGAAGGAAAUAACCUACAUCAACAGAGACACCAAAAUCAUCCUGGAGACCAAGAGCAAGACCAUUUACAAGCUGAACGGUGUGUCUGAAAGGGACCUGAAGAAAUCGGUGCUGUGGCUCAAAGACAGCCUGCAGUGCACCUGUGAGGAGAUGAACGACAUUAACGCACCCUAUCUGGUCAUGGGACAGAAACAGGGUGGGGAGCUGGUGAUCACCUCGGUGAAGCGGUGGCAGAAGGGCCAGAGAGAGUUCAAGCGCAUUUCUCGCAGCAUCCGCAAGCUGCAAUGCUAG